UGCCAGUACUGAAACACUUAGCAGCUGGAAACACACAGAGCUUUCACAUUAACAAGAUGUAGAGCUCCAUUAAUAACAGAGUUCUCCUUCAGUGACAGUCGUCGAAAUCUCCUGUGGGGACUUUAACGCCCAGUUAUUAAGCUGAAUUCCAAGCAAGAUAUGGUGUUUUCUCCAUCAGAUAAAAUCUUGGCAAGCAGAGAACCAAAGACGUCGUUGGAAGAUACACGAUGAAUGACUCCAGUUUCCCGCAGAACUUGACGGAUUUUGCAAGCUUCCACCCAUUUCUCAUAAUAUGGGUUCAUUAACUCUAAGAAUUGCAUACAGCUGGAACUGGGUGUCUGAAAUGAAACCCUGGAGAAAAGCGCAAGACUUUCUCAGGGCUGCAGAGACAAGCGAGGAAUAAUCAUUGCCAUUUCUUGUGAGAGAGAAAAAAAAAAGGUUUUAGCAAUUGAGUAAAAACAAAAACGGCAAGUCAUGGGGAUACAGCACCUUUUGCUUCUUUUGAUAUAUUUGGACCCUCUGAAUGUACUUGCUGCCGCUACGGGAAAGAAAAAGAAUGCUCUACCUAAGCGAAAUCCCAAGGCGAAGGAGGUGAACGGCACUGUAGUUCCCACUGCGGGAACUCCAAGCAUCACUCAAGCAGUGCAGCCUAAAACAGGCAAUCAUGAAACGUGCCUCGGUUACUACGAUGUGAGCGGACAGUUUGACAAAGAAUUCGAAUGCAAUAACACCGAUCACCGUUACUGCUGCGGAAGUUGUUUCCUUCGGUUCUGCUGUCAGUUUAAAGGGAAUCGAUUAGAUCAGACUACUUGUAGGAAUUACCACAAACCAAAAUGGGUCAUCGUCCCCUCUCAAGCUCCUACUCCGACAGUAGGGACUUACGAUCCGAAUUUGGAUCAAACUAACACAACAGUCUAUAUCACCUGUGGGGUAAUAGCUUUUAUAAUCGUUGUCGGAGUUUCAGCAAAAGUUGCUUAUGACAAAGCAACGCGACCCCCUCAGGAAAUGAAUGUACACAGAGCCCUUGCAGACAUUUUAAGGCAACAAGGACCCAUUCCGAUAUCUCACUACGAGCGAGAAAACAUUGCAGCGAUGGAUGGCUCACCCAAAGAAAACACACCUGUACGAUCAUCUUCCAAAAAUCAUUACACUCCAGUCCACACAUCUAAAACAAACCACGGAGGUCACUAUGUAAAAGAAAACUUUCGGAGCGGUGGGCCUGAUCUGCACAACUUCAUCUCAUCUGGAUUUGUGACCUUAGGAAGAGGGCAUCUAAAAGAGCAGCAAUCAGUAGACGGAAUAGGGCAGUUCGAGUGGAACAUAGAUCCUGACAUGUCUACUUCCUACAGAGACCUGCAGUGGCCGGUGCAGUUGCAGUCACAUUGCGGUAAUCACCAACACAACUAUAACCAUCUGGGGCUUACCAGCCCAACCCAGACACCUAAAAAUGAAAAGCCUCGGAUGAACAGCAUUCUUACCUCGGCUACGGAGCCCUAUGACUUGUCUUUCUCCAGAUCCUUCCAGAGCCUCUCCCAUUUACCACCAUCCUAUGAAUCAGCGGUUAAAUCUGAUUUAAGUAAAUACUCUUCUCUCAAGAGAUUAACUGAAAAGGAUGUUGAUGAGUACUACAUGAGGAAACGGCACCUACCAGAUUUAGCAGCCAGAGGAACUCUCCCUCUGCAUGUCAUUAAAAUGAGUCAGGAACAGCAAGGCACCCAACGGGAGAGACCCCGAAGGGUGCAGAGAGCCAUGUCCCAGGACAGAGUCCUGUCACCCGAACGUGCUCCACCGCAAGACUACAGCAUGUCAUCCUAUGGGGGUCGCAUUCUUUCUGACGAACAACUCCUGUCUGCAGAGCGCCUGCAAUCCCAGGACCCCCUCCUAUCUCCUGACAAGGUGAUGUCACUGAAACGGUCUGGCUUCCGUGAAAAGGCCAUGUCACGGGCUUUGUCCCACACAGAUGUGUUUGUGUCAACGCCAGUAAUGGAUCGGUAUAAGAUGACAAAAAUGCACUCUCAUCCCAGUGCCUCAAACAAUUCGUAUAACACUUUAAGUAUUAACCAGACUGCCUCCAAGCGGCAGGCCUUUGCUUCCAGACGGACCCACACAGUGGAGCAGCUACACUACAUCCCAGGGCAUCACCACCACUACCGUACAGCAAGCAAGACCGAAGUAACUGUUUAACCAGCGGCUAACAGCUUUUCUGAGAAACAUGUCCAUAAUUAAAAAUAAAGGUUUUACAAGUAUCAAAACCAUCCCAGCGAAAUACAAUACAGAGACCUUGACCAAGUUGACCUCUCUGAACCAUUUCUUUGGUGAGAUGUUUAAAAAAUAUUUGCUUUUAGCACCAGCUUUCCAAUUCAUCCAGUCUUUGAGUCAUGAUUUAAAAAAAAAAUGGAUAAAGGAAGCAAAAGGAAGAUUCAACAGUUUCUGUCAAAGAAAGCCGUACAUUCUUAGGGGAAAUUUUAAGGGCUUUGCAUGUUGACACAUUAGGAUUGAUGUUUCAGAGGUUAAUCAUGUAUAAGGUUUCAAAGAGAAAUCAAAUGAAAAAAAUACAUUCUGAGGGUGUGAAACUGGAAUGGAACUGUAAUAACUUUAUAAAUAUAUAAAUAUAUUUACUAUUUGUACUUCCAGUCCUAGUCAUAGCUUUAGAAAAUUCUUCUUGAACUGAACUGGUGUUAGCACUUUUAUCAGUGCCUCUCAAAAUGUUCCAUUUCAAUACUGAAGUGGCUUUGUGGGUUAAUAAGCACAAUAAAUUCAAAAGCUCGAUUUCUUUUUCUUUUUCAAAAUUUUGUUCUUUUUUGGUAAUGGCUAGCACGUAUCAGCUUAUUAAAAAUAGCAAAUUCCGUUGCAUUCAAGAUUGUAAAUAGGCUAUAUCAACAGAAGUUAACAAGAGUCAAUAAUGUAGGAAUAGAUAGUAGUUUUGAAACAGACUCUCUGUUAUCACACCUGAGUAAGAAGGAUAUUAUGAAAGAAAACCUUAAGUUCCAAAUAACAGUUUCCAAGUCCACAGUUUCAUAUUACACAACCCACAAACGAAGAUAUAACAUCACCAAUGGGUUCAAUAAUGAAUUUGUUACAGUACAUAGUAGAAUGAAAAAGUGAAUGUGUUUAACAGUUAGUACUAAUCACUGUUGAAACCCGACUUCAAACUGUGUCCCAGUGCUCAACAGAAGAACAUAUUACUUAAAGCUUAUCGCAAUAGCAUAGAAUAAUUUUUUUUCCUAAUAAUUUUUUGCCAUUCCUUACACUUGUAUGUCUUACUUGUGCUUGGCCAGGAAAUGUUUAUUCACUUACAUAUCAGAUACUUCUGUAUUGAUGUAAAUAACUGCAUAUGUCAAAAUGGAAUAAUAAUUGUUGUUGUGCAAUGGUUAAAUUGUUAUCAUUGUCUUGCCGUAACUCAAAUCAAACACUCAACAAAGAAAAUAUCAUUCUAAUACUAGCUAAGAAAGGAUCAAAACUGUGAAAUGUUUGUCCAGAUAUAUUUUGACAAAAAAAUAAAUGCCUUAUAUAUUGUGGAAUCCCAAAAAAUAAUGUUAUUAAUUUUCAUCAUUCUUCUCAAUUUCAAUGGGAAAUGGCCUUGUAAUCUCAAAAGAUUUUGUAACUCCAACAAGGGAAAUAUAAAGUGUACCAGCAAUAUAAAGAAAAAUAUAGGUAGAAUAUACCUCAUAAUUUGGAAAAGAGUUUUGUUCUGAGGGUAUAGAUUACUCAAAUGGAGAACAAAACUUUGAUUAACAAAUGAAAAGCAUAAUAUUUUUUUAACAUUUGCAAUAUUUAUACUGAAGUUAAUUUUCAUUAUACAGUAUGUAAAGGGAGUGCUCACCUCAAAGAUGCAUCAUUAAUGUAAUUAUAUUAAGGAUGCAAAUCUGCAGUAAACAUUUAAUUUAAAUCUGCCCAGAACAAUUGAUUUAGUAGAUCACUAGUUAUCAGAAUCCAACAAAGACUGUAUGAUUUGUUGUAAGAGAUUAAAAAAAAAACAGUUAGUAUUGUAGCAAAAACUUUCAAUUUGUUCAAAUCUCACUUCAUUGUAUUGGUAAAAAUAUUCAGUUCUGGGAAUGAUAUCAUUUUUUACUUGGGUAAAACCUACUGAGUAGAUCAGAAGUACUCAUUAGAGAGAAAGUCUCAAUUUGGCUCCUGUACAGGGGUGGGAUUUUUAUGUGACUUCAAGCCUUCUCCUUAUUUGUGGAGGAUCAGCUUUGAAAACGUAUGAUAUACUGUACAAUACAAAAUGGCCUUUUUAAAUGCUGACAUCCUAAUUUAGAAUGUGUGUGAGCUUGAGGAGCUUUCAGUCAUGCUCUUUGCAAAACCGAGAUAAAAAAAGAUGAAAGACUCUAACAAGAAAGCUCUCCAAGCCUUUUGGGACCUUUUUGUUUGGCAAGAUGAAGCCCUGAGUUACUGUAUUUGGGGUCUUGUGUUUAGGAACCUGCAUGGUGUGGCAGAGCUAUGAAGUAUGCAUGGCUUUAUUUGAUGGAAACUGUUUAAAGGAUGUGAAAGCACUGUAUGAUGUGAAUAUUCUGCACAUGACAAUUAGGCCCAUUUAAGUUGUAUCUAUACACACAUGAGGGCCUUUUAAUAACUUCUAAAAUGUGUAAGGAAAAAAGAUCUUUUUAACACUGAUCAUUGGUACCGAUUAUGAAAUACACUCCAGGAUGUUUUGGUGCUUACUUAGCUUAACACCUCUGUUUCCUCUAUUGCAAAGUGAAAGCAUUCUCUUGCAGUAAAAGUACUACAUGAAGUGUACUAUGUAGCACUGCCAUCAGAGAGAAACAGAGCAAGAGAAAAAGAGAAUAAAAACUAAUAGAGAGGAGUGUAAAACACCAAGUUACACAUUCUGAUGCAUUUCUUUCCAGCAAGAAAUAAUGUGUAUAUUUCAUACAAAAAGGUAGAAUAAACAUUUGCUACCAUUAUAUAGCUGAUUAACUGUUGGCUAUCUUUAUUAGAAAUAAUGCUAAUUAACAAAAAAAUCAUCUUCCUGUCUACUGUUUGUAUGGUCAUGAGUCUUCUCUUAUAACCAUGCUUUGUGCCCUGCCAAGUUAAAUUUUUAUAUCCAUAACGUUUUGAACUAAGUUGCUUUGUAAUAGCUGAUUACCUUGAAUUAUUAAAUAAUUAGAGAUUUUGUAGUAAGUACUCACUUGCUUAAAACAAGGAAAAUGUUAUUGUAACAUUUUAUUUUGGAAAAAUUAAUUCCUUAAAGGGGUAAGGUGAUAAUCCUUGUGUUUAGGUCCAUUUAUGGAUUCAAUGUUUAUGGUAGUAUUGAUGACAAAGUACCUUUGUAUCUGUGACUUUGCACAAACUAUUGGUUACUCAUCGAAUAAGCUUCAAAACAAGCAGUAUUUGACUGUUUAUCUGUAAUUUUCUUGUUGUUCUAAUUUACUUAUAAAGCACAUUCUGUAUGUACUGUAUAGAAACUAUAAUCAGUUUAGUAAACUUAGUCUAAAGAA